CAAUAAAAUAUUGUAAAAUGGUCAUCGGUUCGUCAUUAUAAUGGAGAUUGAUGGUCACGAUUGUCAAGAACUUGACGAUGAAAAAUUAAGCGAAUUGCAAGUCUGUGAGUUUGUUGAACAUUUUCCAGAUAAGAUUCUGUCUGUGAGAAGCGAGGAAAGUAUUCUUCGCGAAGCGUCAAAGGAAAUAGAAGAAAUUGUGAAAACAAAUUUGCAAACGAAAGGGGAAUCACAAAAAAUUAAUGUUGAUAAAAAUGAUGCUGAUAUCGGUUUAGAUAGCUUUAAUCAAAUAAAAUUAGAAAAACAAGUUCUGACUGGGGAGAUUACACCAUUCCAAGCAAUUGCAAAACAGUCUAAUUCAUCCAAAGCCGAGGGGACAUCCGACAAACCCACCCAUUUACUUAAUCUUGAAAAAUAUCUUCGUCAACAAGCUGAACUUACCAAACAAAGGAAGGAGUUAAAGAAAAGAUUAACAAACUCGAAAGUACUUUGUAAUGAAGAUCAAAUAGUUCCGUUAAAGAAAUUAAAGCAAUCGGAUACCAGCUCUAAGGAAUGUAGGGGAACUGUUAAAAAAGCAAAACUCAAAAGCGAUAAAAGAAAAUUAGUAGCAGAAUUUGAAAAAACCAAAGGGUUAAAUGAAAAUGACAAUAUUAACGGUGAAACAGAGAGUACCACGUCUAAUCAAAUCAAUGAUUUUAAUAAAGAAAGUAGACAUUCUAGAAAUACAUCAACUUCUUGCGGGACUUCAAAAGAUACUGGUAGACAGACAGCAAUUGAAAGUAUAAAUAAUACAGAGUAUGUAGAUAUAGUAAAUGAUUCUGGGAGCGAGUAUGUUCCAAGUGAUGGACAAUUUGAUUCGGAAGAUGAAGUGGAAUCAUCAUCCAAGAAGAGAAAGUGUGUUACAAAAUGCGUUCGUGCAAAAAGAGUUUUGGAUGAUGGGGAUGAACAAAUAUACAGACAACGAGUGGAAGAAAGUGGUUAUCCAAAGAACGUACCAUUGCAUAAAAUAGAUAAUCUAUUGAAAGUUCCACAAUCUAUAUGGAAAAAAUUAUACAAGUAUCAAAGAGUAUCCGUGCAAUGGCUCUGGGAAUUGCAUAGUCGUUCUUUGGGAGGCUUAUUGGGAGAUGAAAUGGGAUUAGGAAAAACUGUUCAAAUUAUCGCAUUUCUCGCGGGUUUAGAUUGUAGCGAAUUACUUUCUGAUGGUGGAAGGUUUCGGGGAUUAGGACCAACUUUAAUCGUUUGCCCAGCGACAUUAAUGGAACAGUGGUUGAAGCAUUUUCAUGAUUGGUGGCCUACUCUGAGAGUAGUUGUUUUACACCAGUCAGGAACUUACGAUGGUAAUCUAGAAUAUUUAAUACAUUCCUUGAAAUACGGUGGUAUAUUAAUUACCUCUUAUUCUGGCAUGCUUAAACACGAAGACAUACUUGUUGCCAGUCAAUGGCAUUAUGUCAUCCUUGAUGAAGGUCAUAAAAUAAGGAAUCCACAAGCAAAGGUCAGUAAGGCGGUAAAGAAAUUCUCGACGCCACAUCGCCUUUUAUUAACUGGCAGUCCAAUGCAGAACUCUUUGAAAGAAUUGUGGUCUCUGUUUGAUUUCAUUCUACCAGGCAAGUUAGGCACUUUGCCUGCGUUCCUUGAACAUUGCGCGAUUCCUAUAACCCGCGGAGGAUACGCGAAUGCUACUCCUCUGCAGGAAGCUACCGCGCUUCAGGUUGCCACGAUGCUUAGAAACGCGAUUACACCGUACAUGCUUAGGAGGACAAAAAACGAUGUUCAACAUCAUGUUAAUCUACCAGAAAAAAAUGAACAGGUGUUAUUCUGUAGUUUAACGAACGAACAAAAACAAAUAUAUAAAAAUUACUUAAGAUCCGAUGAUGUUUCAUUUGUUUUACACGAAAAGAUUUGUAUGGAAAGCGGAAGACACAGAGCUAGACUUUUAAUAGCAUUAUCAGUGCUCAGGAAAAUAUGUAACCAUCCCGAUUUGUUUUUAUACACGAGUCAAAUUGAUUCCGAAGAGGACAUCGACGCAACGGAAGAAUCGUUAGAGAAGUUUGGCUAUUGGAAACGUUCUGGGAAAAUGGUGGUAGUUCGAUCUCUUCUUAAAAUUUGGAAGAAACAAGGGCAUAGAGUACUACUUUUUACGCAAGGAAGACAAAUGAUGCAUAUUUUAGAGUCCUUAGUGCAAAACGAGGAAUACGCAUACUUAAGACUGGAUGGAACUACUCCCAUGACACAGCGACAAGAAACGAUCAGUCUGUUUAAUAGUGAUCCUUCGUAUUUUGUAUUCUUGCUAACUACGCGCGUUGGCGGAUUGGGGGUCAAUUUAACCGGAGCAAAUCGAGUAAUUAUUUAUGAUCCAGAUUGGAAUCCAGCGACUGAUGCUCAAGCAAGAGAACGAGCGUGGAGAAUUGGGCAAAACAAAAGUGUCACUAUUUAUAGACUCAUUACAGCCGGUACCAUCGAAGAAAAGAUAUAUCACAGACAAAUAUUUAAAUUACUUCUUUCGAACAAAGUUUUGGAAGAUCCACGUCAACGUAGACUAUUCAAAACCUCCGAUUUAGUUGAACUUUUCAAUUUCAAUGAGCCUGUUGACGGGCAUUCCAGUGAAUCUGACGUAUUAUUUCGAGAAUCUAAAUUAACGCCAACGACUACCAAAUUUUCGUCAAAUAAAAUCGAAAAAAUGCGAAGAUUAGCUGCUAUGCUUAGUAAAAAUAUAAGUCAAAGUGCCGUAAAUGCUACGGCCAUGACAGAAAAUGUAACUAUUCUAAAGAAGAGAUCUACUUUAAGCCACGAUAUUAACAGCCCUAGUCAAGAUAAUUUAAAACAUAAUAAUCAAGUGUCUAAAGAUAGCUUGAUGGAACAGAAGACUGAGACUGAAAGUCAGACUAGCAAGAAAAGCGAAGAUACGCUUACUUCAGAAAUACAAAAAGUUACCAGUGAAGGUAACACGGAGGAAAACAAAAUCUCGGGGGAAAUAGAAAGCAAUGUAUUAAAUAUGCAUGAUAUAGUUGACAAUAAUAAUGAAAUAGAAAAUAAAAUCACAUUAAUGGUAAAAUGUACAAAUUCUGAUACUAAAACCGACGCGAUACAAGACGAACAAAGUUCAUCGUUUAGUAAAUCUAAAAUAGUCGAAAUUUCAGAAGAUUCGGAUCAAAGAAAUGAAAUAACUCCAAGCAACAAGAACGAAAGUAUAUUGAAAUUAAAUAAAACACAUCAUAAACACAAGCGAAAGAAAAAGAGUUCUCAAUCAGAAAAAAAUGCAGUUUCAGCAUUGUUCGAAGGAGAACGCGUUUCUCAUUUAAUUGGACGACGUCUUGGACGAUCCGAAAGAGAUCAAACUACCUCGAUCGAAGACGACCAAUAUGUUUUGGAAAAGCUAUUCGCCAAAGCAACUGUGACCUCAGCUUUCCAGCACGAGACAGUAUUAUCAAAUUCAGCCUAUAAUUCGGAUAACAGAACUCCGAUGCAACGAUUAGCACAAGAAGCAGCACAAGAAAACAUGGAUAGUAUUCGCAAGUCUCGUAAAUGGUGUUGGAGGCCCACAUGGGAUUCUGCGUCCUCUAAAGAUGAUUAAUCUUUUUCUAAUUACGUGUUUCAGGUUUAAAUGAGCAUCAAAAUUCAAUGCAUACUGAUAAGAGUUGUAUUCUUUUAUUUUAUAAUCUUCAAUUUUCCAGUUGGUACAGAACUUAUAGAAAUUCGUAUCGAUUCCAGUUUAUAUUUUUAACAGAAAUAUUAUAUGUAUAAUAAUAAUUGAAAUUAACGUGUACAGUAGAGUCGCGUUAUGUCGUUACCUGGUAAACUUCUUCACACACUUUCGCAUACCAUUUCGGAAAAUUUUACUUUGCCACAACCUCGUCUGCAGCUAUAUAGCGCGACUCCACUGUAUGACUUAGAAAUUAAGAUAUUUUUUUAGUGCAAAAAAAUCUCUUACAAAAAUAAUUUUUUUUUUUAUAUAUUUUUUAUCAUUAAUGUAAAUUAGUAAUUCCCCUAGUUCUUGUUUAUUUUGUUAUAGAACGAAUAUUGUGAUUAUGCCAAAAAUUUAUUAUUUAAAUACUAAACUAUUUUUGUAUACUAGCAAUAUACAUGAAUCAUUUUAAGGAUAAAAAAAUUUACUCAAUGUUGGUAUGUGAUUUUAGGUAUGUAAUAAUAUCGUAUUCGUAGCUAUUACAAGCGAGACACUAUAAAUAUCUCAGGCACUUACUCAUACAAAAAAGAUAAAUAGAAAAAACAGUGGGGGGGAAAAGAGAAACUUAAAAAUAAUGUGUACGUAAUGUAAACAUACCUUUUAACUGUUU